GUUCAUGGGCUGCUUCUUCCUUUCUUAAAGCUGGUUAUCCCGUAUUGGUCAUUAACGUUGUAAAGUAAACCCAAAAUAUUUUAUUUUUAGGCUUUGGUAUAUUUUUAUCGCUUUCCUUUUUUUCCUUUGUUUCCCUUUUGUUUCUCGUUGGAUUAACAAAUUCCUAAUCAAAAUUCCAUACUUGUUUCAAACUAUUUCAUCUUCUUCCUAUAUAACAUGAGUUCGAAUCCAUUUCUAAUAAAACCACACCCUCCGCCCCCUCCAACACCGACUUUCAACCAAAAGGAAGAAAAAGCUUCUCCCAGUAGUAGUUCUAAAAAUAUGUCCACUACCACUACUAAUACUACUAGUUUACCAUUUCAAAUUCCCCGUCCAGGAUUUAAUCAUUACUCGCCCUAUUCCGGGUCUCCUUCAUCAAAUUACUCAUUAGCAUCUUUAGAGUCGCCCAAGCCAAUCGAUUCAAUCAAUGGUUCAAUCAAUUAUUCCCCAAAACAUUCCAGAAAACCGUCUUCACUAACCUCCAGCCGAAAUAUCAAUAUGAAGAACCUAUCACUAAAUUUGAAUAAACCGGAUGCCCUGCCGGAAAAGGAGGAUUUGACCGACCCUUUGCCCUUUAAUAAACCAAGUAUAACCAGAAGAAAAACAUUGACGUUAUCCAUACCGAAUAAUGAAGAACUCUUAACCCCAAACGUAUCAAAUACCCCCAUAAUGCCUCCAUUACCAAAAUUACCGAAAAAAUCCCAAACCACCCCCCAAUUAUCUAAUUUCAAAUUCCCCUUGGAGCAAAAUGAUGAAUUGAACUAUCAAUUGAACCAAUCGUCGGAUUAUAAUGAAUACCCAAAUAAUUUACAAAGCCCCUUCAUCAUAAAUAACGAAUUCAUCAAUAAAGUUCAAUCAAUCAACUUGAACGACCAUAAAUUUAAAAAACUCCCGGAAGAACUACAAGAGAAAAAUCAGCUAAACGCCUAUCCAAAUGGCCCAGCAAACGUUUUGAAUAACCAAAUCUACCUAUUUUCCGAUCCCAACAUAAGCGAUUACAAAGUCAACCUCAACGAUUACGACUUGGUCAUUAACGUGGCUAAAGAAUGUCAGGAUUUAUCAUUAAAUCACGAAAAUGAAUACUUAUACAUCCCUUGGUCCCAUAAUUCUUCCAUCUCAAAAGACUUACCCAAUUUAACCAACCAAAUCUCCAAAUUCGAUCAACCAAAUAAAAAAAUCCUCAUCCACUGCCAAUGUGGAGUUUCCCGAUCCGCUUGUGUCAUAGUAGCCUACUUCAUGAAAAAAUUCAAAAUCGGCGUCAACGACGCCUACGACCUAUUGAAAAACGGUACCUCCAACAACGAUAAGCUUCUCGCUAAAGACCUCUCCCAUAAAGGCUACUACAUCGAAAGCUGUGAUCGUAUUUGUCCCAAUAUGAGUCUAAUCUUUGAAUUAAUGGAAUUCGGCGACUCCAUCUCGUAACUAUCGCCCGCCCCUUGGUCCCUGGUCCGGUUAUCCUCUUCACUUCUCUGUAUACUUAUCUUUAAUUGCAUGUCUUAUACCUGUC